GAUGCCUCAGGCCCCUUUGUCCUCGUCCCCACAGAACUGUUCUCCGCAACUUUCUCCAACUCGACACUCACUGCCUCCUCAUCGCGCCCUCUGAACUGAGAUGUUAUCUCCAGCGCGUAGAGACAGCACCCCUCAGGGACGACCCCGUCCGGGAGCCGCGCUCGCUUGCGAGGCGUGCCGGAAGCUCAAGAUGAAAUGCAUACGACCUGCGCUGCAGAGCGACAACAAUCCACAGUGUGAACCAUGCGACCGGUGUAAACGGACUAAUCGGCUCUGCAAGAUUCCCGAGUCGCGACCACUGGGUAGGAGGCCGGGCUCUUUGGGCCGGUAUCGCGGGCUGCACAAGGCAUACCGGAAGCUACAGGAAGAGGCGAAGAAGGCGAGCCCUUCGCAUGGAUUCGACAAUUGGUUUCAAUCCCUCGCUACACCGACGAGUAUGGAGAUGGGUGUUCAGUCUUUCUUGACGGAUGAGCCGACGGGUCGUCAUCCGCGACCCCGUAAAGCAAGUUACGACCGCGCGGCCCCUGGGACUUCCUUUCUAGGGCCCGAAGUGACGACACCUGAGAUAGAGGUCCAGAGUGACCAUCCAGAAAUCCCGGACGAUUGUAGUGAACCGGCGCACGAACCCAUGAGCAACCCGCUUGCACUUUUGGCGUACGCGUCUGACGCCGCUCGAGCAUCAGAGCAAAGCCCCGCGUCAGUAAAUACCUCGGCAAGCCCAAUAUCGAGGAGACAAAGCGCAGCUCACCGUUUACUACAUCGCCCUGGCUACGUUUCUUUGGGGCUGCAGCUGGACCGAGCCAGUCUCGUGCAAGGCCUGGAUGCCUUGUUCACCGGUGUUGACACAGGAAAGCAGUCCUUCGAUUAUUUCAAACGGAGGCGUGUAUGCAAUCGCGACGCGAGACCUGACCUUGAUCCGGUAGAACUGGGGCUCGUUACGAUGGAAGAUGCAAACUACUUAUUCCCCCUAUAUUUCGCACGCCUGCACCCAGUCAACGGAAUCCUAGACCCAAUACUCCAUACCCCGGAAUUCGUGCGCGCGCGGUCCUCCCUGCUCUUUACGUGGAUCCUCGCUCUCACAGCCCAGUUUGAUCACGCCGCGGCGGCCAUGGCCGAGCGCUUGCGACUGCACGGCGAGAAGUUGUCCAGGUACGUGCAUACGUGCGGGUACAAGUCGGUCGAAAUCGUGCAGGGGUAUUACAUCUCACUUCUUUCAGCUACGCCAGCAAAGACGCUGGCCGAGGAGCGCUCCUGGCUAUAUACGAUGUACGCGAUUGGCGUUGCGACGGACUUGGGAUUGGAUCAAGACAAAGGAUCUGGACCGGGCGCCCAUUCUCGAAUCUCUCGGGCGCAUCGUAAUCAUGAGUUACAAUCACUACAUUCCGGUGCUGAAGGCGUACCUGGACAGGCGUACGAAGGACUUUUCACAGAAGAGACUGUCCAUCAAGAGAGGCUGCGUCGAAAUCGCGAAAGAACCUGGCUCCGGAUCCUCCUGUGGGAACGAGCGAGCAGCGCCGCAUGCGGCCGGAUCCAGAGUUUCCCAGAAAGCAGCUUGACGCGAUCUAUCGAGACCUGGUGGCUGCACCCACUGGCGGAUAUGACGGAUAGAUAUACGAGUGCAUUUAUCAUCCUGCGCAAGAAGCUCGCGUCGCUGCAACUGGAAUUGAAACAACAAGCCGGGGUUCUCCAAUCUAACCCCCAUUGGACUUUAGAACUCGUUGAUGCUUCGCUCCAGGACUGGUGUAAUACGUGGCUUUCAAAGGCCAGCGACUACGCUACCUCUGCUCCAUCGCCUGAACAAGUCUCGAUGAUUUUUCUGUACUACGUCUACGAGCAUGGGCGCCUUUGGACUCUGUCGCUAGCAUUGAGCGAGUCGAUUUCACGCGCCCGAGAUCUAGACGCCAUCCGACAAGAUUGCUUUGAGAGUGCCGUUCAUUGCUGCGAAACAGCCGUCUGGGAUUUACAUGCUCUGGGAGAGCCAUUGUACUGCAUGCUGGCUCCAACCUGGGCGAUGAUCGCAUACGCCGCGGUCCUAACGCUCAAAUUAUUCCCCACCCUAUACGGGUCCAGAACUGGCAGUGACGUCGAGCUCAUUGCGCUGUUGAGCCAGGUAGCCCUGCAGCUCCAGCGCGCUGGGACGACGCCACCUCAUCGCUUUGGCAUCGCGGCGCUGUUGGGACAACAUCUGAUGAUGAUCCUACGGACGAGAGCCCUUGAUCUGAGAGAGCCAAAGCCAUCCCAUACUGGGGGCCGUGUCCCGCGUCACAGGGCAUCGGAAUGGCAAUCUACCCCAUCUGCGCUGGGGCAGGGGAAUCCGCUUGUGUCUGAUUGGGACCCGUUUCGGACACCCGCGAUAUCAGACCAGAAUGAUGUCGCGGGCGGUGGAUUCGAUGACCUCUUUGGAGAGAUAUUUGGGCCUGUCUUUGGUGAUUUGCCUUAG